AUGACUCCUCUCAUCAAUCCGACCUCCAUCCUCGUGGGCUUCCUGCUCUUGUACCUCUCAUCCUUCUUCGUCUUCGCCAUUGUUCGGAUCGCAACAGGAAUCUCCAUCCAGCGCGUCGGCUACUUUUCCCUCCGGCGAAUCGCAUACACCCCGAGAGAGGGGCUUCACAUCGAAAUCCGUGGGCUUGGGUUUUCCUUGCACCCCCCGUCCUUUGCACAGCCAACAUGGAUCAGCAUUCGAUUGACGGACCUGAAAGUCACCCUGGACUCGGCAUCUCUGCGCAAGGGCAAGGGAAAACCGUCGCGCGAUAUCCUGGAAUCCCCUUACCCCGGUAGCCCAUCCGAAGAGCACGAUGCACUGCCGGACCCUCUCCCCCGUCGCAGCAAAACAUGGCAAACCCUCACGCGCAUCAAGGAGCGCCUGAAGCGCCUACACCGGCAGAUCAAUUGGCUGGCUCUGGUCGACCUGAACGCCGUCAACUCUACGGUGCAUUUCCUCGAUGCAGGACAAAUUCAGGUGGGAUCGCUCAGCCUGACGGUGGAUACCCGGAGUAAGAUGGUGGAACGGGGCAAGCUCUUCCGUCGCAAGAAGGACAUGUCGCAGGAACAACGCCCGGCUGAGUGGAUUAUGAAUGUUCAGAAUAUCCUGCUUGCGGUGGACGGCCGAGAACCGACGGAGAUGCUGGACAACGUCGGCGUGAAUCUCCAUGGACUGCUUUACAAGGACUUGGAGGGACUGAGAGAUGCAUCCGUGGCUCUGAAAAUUGGACGCAUGCAUAUCCCCUACGACGAUCUGCAGAUGCUCAUCCAGCGCAUCAAACGCUCGCGGUCGUCUUUCAAGGAACCCGUGAGCCCGGAGACGGACGACGAGAUCUCUUUUGCCGACUUUGUGGAAGAACUGGACAAGCCCGGGAGCCGAGAUGAUGCCAUUGUGCAGACGGUCGCAGACUCCAAGGAAUUUGCGAGUUCUUUAUUGCGUGGUAUACAGGAGUUCCAGGUAGCGCUGAGCUUCUUUCGAUUCUCCUGGGGUCUCCAGUCUCUUUCUGCCGACCAGAACCCAGUCUAUCUGAACGUGGUAUCGCAUGAACUCGGGAUUGACCUGAAUCGGAUGGACCAGAAGAGCCCGGAGCACCGCAUGUACUUCCAGCGCAACGACGUGGCCCACCAAGCUCUGCUGGCUGCAAUUUCCCUUUCGGUUAGCUUGGAUGACGGCUCGGGGGAAACGGACAACAUUCUAUACAUCCCCAUGGCUACGACGACCAUCAAAACCACGUUGCCCUCCAAGACGGUGAGCGCCUUUGACGACGAGAACCCCGAAGAACGCAACACCAACGUCCUCUUCGCCAAUUUGGUGGUCACUUCCCCAUCUCUCGACUUGCAGCCCCAGCACGUCUCUCGGCUCCUCAAGUUGGUAGAGGCACGAGCUUCCUCUCCUCGCCGCAAGAAGCAGAGUAACCACCAGUUGAUCUCUCGAUUGCUUCCCAAGGCAAGCAUCAAGCUCUCCGUUCAUGAGCCUGUGAUUCGAUUUGUCUUGCCCAUCGAGAAAAAGCCCGGUGAACCCGGUGACUACAAUCUCCUCAUCUCCUCCAUCUCCUCCAUCUCACUGGACAUUGAGUCCUCCCAUUCCUCCGAAGGCGGCGCUCACUACUCUCUGUCGUCGGUUUACCGAGUCGCAUCUCACAAAUUCUAUUACCAAACUCCAACCGGCGUCAAGCAUAACCUUUUGACAACAGAAAGCCUGGAGCUCAAGGCUCACUUGAACGCGUCCCCCGAAGUCUGUGUGAUUGCGUCUGGGAAUCUGAAUGAGUGCUCCGUGCACAUGAUCAACAGCGACGUCAACCGUGGGAUCCGAGAAGUGCUCGAACAAUUCCGGACUCACUUGCAACCACAGAAGAAGGUCCAGAUACAUGAGCGAAAGGCAAGCCCCUUGAGACAAGUCCCACCAUGGCUCCUCCAAUUUCAAUUUGAAGCCACGGGAUUCAGCCUGGAGAUUGCCGGUGUCGAUACAACCGUAUCCAAAGUUGCGCGCGGUGUUUCUUUGCAAAUGCAGUCGUGGACGGCGGAAUACAAAGCCCAGAAAACAGAACCAACCACCGGCAGCAUCACCAGGCGGCGUACUGCAAGUCACUCAACAAUUGGAGAAGAAUCGCCAUUCCGCUUCCCCCCAACGUCGCCACCCAAAAAUGCACAGCGCGGCGCUACAGAUGGCAGACGAGUGGCGCUCCAUGUGCGUGGCUUCGAUGGUUUCGUCAUUGAAUCCGAAGACUACUUGGAGCCUGAACCUUUCUUCUCACUUCCCCGAUUUGAAAUCGCAUUGAGCACACUCAGUGACCGACUCGGGCCGGUUCUGCACUUCAACUCCGUUUUCAAGGGUAUCUAUCUGCAAUACUCCCUCUAUCGCUUCUACUGCCUUGGGGUUGCAACUUCCGUGAUUCAAGACGUGUUUUCGCCUCUACCACCUCACCAUGCGGGUACUUCCAACAAGAAGACCCAGCCCUCUGCUGCUUCAUCACUUCCACCACCUCCACCAUCUUCUCCAUUCUCGUCAAAGAAUGAAUUUGUUACCGUCGAUGUUCGAGUGACAGUCUUCCAACUCAAGGCCUUCCUUCCCAACGAUCCUGCGAUGAUGCUUCAGGUCUAUGGAUUAGCCGGUACUUCUCAGCGUCUUGGGACUCCUCACUUGAAAGCCAAUCUGGUUCGUUUACACGCAGAGGCACCCAGGCUCAAGGGUAUCUGGGCACGGAUCGGCAGUAUGAAUAAUGUCAGACUCGACUUCCGCAAGAUGAAGUUAAAACACGGCAAGGAUUUGGUUGAGGAGAAUUCUAUAGACUUAUGGGCGGACUUCAUCCGGCUCGGCGUUCCCCAUCACAUGGUGAUGCAUCGCAUUUUCGACAACUUGAUCAACACCUCGAAGGCCUUCAAACAGUUACAUCAUCGCUUCAAGAAUCGCUCUCGGGAAUUCGUGUCAGUGCGAGAGCCCGAGGGCCCAAAGAAAGUACCACGAGUCUCAUUGCGCAGCAAAGCUCUGCUGUUUGAGCUCGAAGAUGACGCAUUUGAAUGGAAGCUGGGCCUCAUCUACAGGACAGGUUUGAUUGAGCAGGCCCAACGGUUGGCUCGCGAGGAAGCUUUCUAUUUGAAAGCCCACAAAGUCAAGGAGUCAGACAACCGACGUGCAACGUCCCGGUUACGGGCCAAAUCGAGCCAUCGCACUCUCCGCAGUGACCGAACUAGCCAGGAGACGAGAAGAAGCCGCAGUGCCGAUUCACGACCAAGACAGGACGAGCCAGAGCGUGGGCGUGGAUGCAAAUUCCGAUAUGAUGCUGGAGGCGCGACUUGCCUUUCUUCCGAGCAAAAGAUUUCUACCGAUGCUGCCUGGAAUCGACUGCAACAACACAACGCCCAGGUCUGGAAGGAGAAGAUCGAUGCUGCGUUGAAAUUCCAAGGCACGUCGAUCAAAGAAGUUCGCGAGCUCUUUUCUGGAGCAGACGAGCCACCUGAAGAUGUGAAGGAGACGGAAACCAUCUUGGCCAUUCCGAACAGACCAGGCCUUAUGUCCGCGUUGAUCAGCGAUGUGAAUCUUGUGGUGGAUAGACCUUCCUUCCCGAUCGAUGACUACCCUGCGUUCCUUCACCGCAUUGGAAAAGGCAUGCCCAUGUCGAUGCAGUACGGUCUGCUUAUUCCGAUGAGUUUCAAUCUGGAAAUGGGCGAAGCGCGCGUCACUCUGAGAGACUACCCCUUGGACCUACUUCACAUUCCAGCUUUACGUCCAGGGCAAUCUCCGAGGCUUCCCAGUUGGUCAUUACGGACGAACUUUGUGAUCGCUGAAGAAUGGCGCGAUCAUGAAUCUGCAAGACAGGUGCGAGUGGAGCUCGUGCCUCCGUCUGAGUUGCCCGAUGGAACAGUCACUGAUCCGUACACAAUCAAUGUCUGGCGGACCGUCACUCCCGUCAAGACCUAUUCUGACCCCGUUUUUGAGAUCAAUACCAGCCUGUCUACGAGUAUCUCAUGGGGCUGCUCUUACCAACCUGUCAUUCAAGAUAUGAUGAAGAUCAUCGAGGGUUUCACCAAGCCUGAGAUCGAUCCCUCGGAGCGAGUUGGUUUCUGGGACAAGAUUCGACUGAGCUUCCAUUCUCGAAUCAAGGUUCUUUGGAAGGAAGACGGUGAUGUCCACCUUCGUCUCAAAGGUUCUCGCGACCCAUAUGUGGUAACCGGCUUUGGAAGCGGUUUUGUUAUGUGCUGGCGACGGGACGUCAAGUGGGAAAUCCACCCAAGCGAUGAUCCUAUGGAGUUCAUGAGUGUGACUAGUGGCGAAUAUGUGCUGGCUAUUCCCGAUUACAGCGCCGAAGCGCGAUGGGCUACCGAGUCGACCACCGAAGACUUGGAAACUAGUUCUCUGUCCAGCGAACAGAAGAAUGCGGCUCACUUCAAGAAAGUCAUCAUGAAGCUAUCCGGUGAUGUCAAAUGGGCCACCGGAUUGGUUUUUGAACGCGAUGUCGAGAACGAUAUGCGGACAUUCUCGUUCAAACCGCACUAUGAUGUCGUCCUCAAGAAUCCCAAAUUCGUCGACUCGUCGGCACUCCCGAAAUACGAUGCUUUCCGUGGGUUCCGCAGUGAUCAUAUUCACCUGUCUAUCGCAGUCAUUGCACCCCAGAGCCGAAACUGGUCCGUCGACGAUGUUCAGCCAUCUACAAGCUACAACACCGUUCACUUGACUCCUCGUUUCUUCACCCAUUUCUUCUCUUGGUGGUCUCUCUUCUCAGGUGUCAUGUCCCUCCCUGUUCGCCAGGGACCGCUCUUCCCAGGACCCGCGAAGACCAGCAAGAAGUUCAACCGCCACCUUUCGACAGUUAAGUACAAACUUCUUCUUGCGCCUCUGUUCGUCGCACACAUCUACAAACACAAAGACCGCGAGGACUAUGCCGAGAGUGCUGUGACCGCCACAGGAUUGAAGGUCCGCCUUGAUAGUCUGAAGCUUGACAUCCACCAAAGGCGAGAACAGAUCAAGACCCAGGCCCGUGGCCGCUCGAAACAGACCAAGACAAGCGUCAUGCGGAUCAACCAGGCUCAAAUUGACCUACAGUCCGCCGAUUUCCGGGCUGUCUCGGCCACCAUCCAGGGUACAACCCCUGAAGAUAUUGAGCAAAACCGGGAUGAUAUCCUUUCCUCUUUCCAGCAACCACUGCCCUCUGUUGAUCUGUCUCGAUUCACAAUUCCCGAUCAGAACUUGGACUGGAUUGACAUGGAUGACUUUGUCGAGCCCGACUGGAUACUUCCGCAAGAGUCAAAUCCUCGCACACAGAUCUUGCCGCUGGCCUUCACUCCACGGUUCACUUACUUUCGUCAGACUGAUUUUGGCGACGUCGGCCCUGAAGAGAGCGGUUAUAGUACCUUUGGGUACGAACCGACUCACGAGUGUGUCAUGUCCGAGAACAAUGAUCCUCGGCGCGUCCAAAUCGAGUUAAUCAAAGAUCGCCUUGCGACCGUUGAAGCACAGAUACGGAACUACGAUCGUACGAUUGGCGAACAGGAACUAAAGCUGAUGAAAGAAGUGGAUCAGGGCGCCGACGAGUUGAAGCGUCAGCAUGAGCUCUAUGUGCGCCAGUCGGAGCAGCUUGCGACACGACGGAGGUUCUUGACUCAUAGCCUGCAACGUCUUGAACGAUAUCUUGCGCGAGAUGAACGGACACCUCGAAGGGACAAGUCAGGCAACGGUGCGGCUCCCAGUAACGCGUCCUCCCGGACUGGAUUGGACACGGAGUCUACUGUCGACGGUAAAUCCGGUAUCGACGGGCUUUACUCCUCAGCCAAUGAUGAGUUCUCGAGCGACUUCAAGAAUCGCUUCAUGAUACACAAUGUGCAGCUGAAGUGGAACAACUCACUCCGAAACAUUAUUCUCCGCUACAGCCACCAGGUCAGCCAGCGGCGGGGGUUUGUUUACUACAUGUCUAGACGAGCCGUAAAGUUCAUUCUUGAUAUCGUGGAGGAGCAGAACAAGAACAAGCGGAAGAACCCGAAGAUGUCCACGGCGAACACGCGAAGUGACAAUGAGGAGGAAAACGUGGAUGAGCGCAUUGAACAAUUGCUGAAUGAUGCAAAGCGCUACGUCAAUGUUGAAGACAAUGACCCGCCUGAGUCGACCAACGGAUCACCACUGCAUUCGGAUGACUCGAGCGAUAAUAUUGCACCAGAGUUUACACCUCAGAACAGCUACCACCUGCGGCUCAUUGCGCCUCAGAUCCAGCUGAUGAGCGAGAAGAAUCAAAAGUCAGUCUUGCUUGUGGCCGCCAAAGGCAUGCAGCUCAAGGUGGUGUCAAUCAUGGAUAAGGAGCGUGUCUGGGAUGAUGUUAGCGGUUUGGUGCAACGGCGCUUCUCCCUCGAGAUGGAUGGUGCGCAGUUCUUCGUUGCGACGCAGAAGAGUCUGAUGGCGCACUUGCACUUCUAUGCGGGCAACAAAUACGGCAACUUGCCGGGCUCUGCGUGGCCGCCCUGGUUGACUCUAGAGGCGAUGUUUGACUUUGAACUCAGCCCCUUUGGCUUCUCUCGGAUCGUGCAGAAGACAUCCGCCACCCUGCGCUACGACAAAUACAACGAUCUGCGUCUUAAGUAUAACGAUGAGGUUGCCAAAGGUCACACAAAUUCUCAUCGCGGAUUCCGUGAGACUCGCAUGGAUCAGAUCAGUGUUGACUUCCCCCAUUUCCGCGCCAUUUGCGACUCCGCAGAGUACUACUCCAUGUACAUCAUCGUGUUGGAUCUCAUGCUCUACAGCGAACCGCUCGAGAAGGUCCGCAAUGAGCGCCUGGAAAAGAUCAUGCUCACAUCCGACUUUAGCGACCUUCGCGGCGCUCCCGAGAUGGUCUUCAAACUUCAGGCACGUAUCCGGCAACUGGAAGAGAUCAAGGAGCAUUUCCAGAUCAACGCCAAGUACCUCGACAAACGUGGCUGGGAGGACCGACUGGCACUUGAACGAGACUUGUCUCAUUGCGAGGAUGAGUUGUUCUUCAUGAUGAAGGCUAUCACCACAUCCCAGAAACGGAUGGAGCCGAGCUCGUCAAAGGUGAACGGCGUUUUGCGCUGGAGCAUCUCUGCGGCUGAGGUGGUUUGGCAUUUGAUGAAGGAAGCAUCUGCGCCAUUGGUGGAGUUCCAGCUGCGCAACGCCCAGUACGAACGCACCGAUAAUACUGAUGGUUCCAACCACAACCUGGUGACUGUGGAACGUUUGGUCGGGUUGAAUCUGUUGCCGAACGCCAUCUACCCGCAGAUUAUCGCACCGUAUCUCGACCAGCCGCGCCCCCUAGACGACGACAUGCUUCGAGUGAAAUGGCACAAGCUGGAGGCCGUCGCUGGAAUCGCCGUGGUGGACAAUUUCGAAGUGUCUUUGUUCCCGGUCAAAAUCCAGCUCGAGCGCGAGCUUGGCCAGCGAGUGUUCGAAUACAUCUUCCCCAAUAUGGGGUCCGGCGCGAAUGGCGGUUUCUCGCCCUUCACGAUCAAGAACAUAAAACCGCUGGAUGCCGAGGACGAUGAAGAUGAAGGAUCUGAUACCGUCGGGAGGACUCAAACCCCUGGCGUUGAUGAAGACAGCACGUCCACAUUCACGGAGGAUAUGCAAGGCCUGCCAAAAGGACCUGGUUCUAUUGAACUGCGGCUUCAGCCCACUCUGUCUCUGUCGGACGAACCCCCAUUCAGACGACGCUCUGGACAUUUCAAGGGUCUGGCGAUGACACCCAUCCACAAGGAGAAUGGUCGACUCGGAGUUGCGGAGAAUAACAAGCGCCCUGCAAGCGCCGGCAAUCUGUCUAGGAAGAAAUCUGCGGAUAGUAUUCGCAUGUUGACGAAGCAAGCCACCGACAAGUCCUUCUCGAGUCAGGCAAGCGAAGAGAACAGGAAGAAGUUCGGCCUGAGCCGCAGCUCGUCUUCCAAGAAGGGCAAAUCCAAAGAGCCCACCGACGACCUGUCGCAGAUGAUCUCUCGAGCUGCGCAAUACAUGACCUUGGCAUGCGUGAAGGUACACGAUGUGGUCCUCUGCGUGAGCUAUAAAGGCAAAGGCGAGCACAACAUCGAAGAUAUCCACGACUUCGUCUUCCGACUGCCCGUGCUCGAGUACGGCAACAAGACAUGGUCGAAUCUGGACCUCGCGCUGCGUCUGAAGAAGGAUGUCAUCAAGGCGCUCAUUUCGCACGCGCCCGCCAUCCUGGGCAACAAGUUCUCGCAUCAUCGCCCGUCCAAACAACAACAGAAACGCUUCCGCGAACUGGCCUCGUCGUCCCAGCUUGUGCGUAGUUCGACUAAUGUCUUGAGUUCAGAGAGCAGCCGCAGCCAAACACCAGGCCAGGCGAGCAGCGUUGACUCUACUAGUGAGUACUCUGAGUCUCCGUCGCGCAAGUCAACGCAGUCGAACCCGUCGCCACUAGCUCGUUCCAUUUCUCUUGAUUCGGAAGCUCGUGAUACGGCCCCGGAUGAGAAUGGUAGCUUUAUGGUCGAUUCUCCUGGUGACGUGGAUGUCGAUGGAGAUUCUCGCUGGGAGGCAUCGCGCCGCUUUGUCAAUAUUUCGGGUCGGCCUCUGACUUCGAGUGGGGCGAGCGCAACCUCCGAAGCCACCCGUGGGGCUGAACAGGAUGAUAGCAACAAAAAGACCAUCCGCAAUCUCGGCCGCAGGUUGAUGUCUCGCAAGUGA